AUUUCCACCUCACCCUGGACACGGCGCAGCGGUACCAGAAGGUGAAGGGCUUUGGUGGCUCCGUCACGGACUCAGCUGCCAUCAACAUCCAGUCCCUGUCCAAGGAUGCCCAGAACAACCUGCUCCGCUCCUAUUUCUCCGAGGAAGGCAUCGAGUACAACCUCGUGCGUGUCCCCAUGGCCAGCACCGACUUCUCCGUCCGCCUGUACACUUAUGCUGACGUGGAGGGUGACUUUGAGCUGAAGCACUUCAACCUGACAGAGGAGGACACAGGGAUGAAG